AUGGCUGUCGGCGAUAUCCCCUCAAGCCCUCAACAGGCUCCAGCCCCACCCCAGCCUAUCGAUAUAGAAGCAUGGACUGAACAGGCGACUGUUGCGCUGGGUUCGGUUGCUAUCUCCUCUCCAGAGGAUGCGAUUCGUGGUACCUCGGUUACACUUGCGAUCCCGCUCGAUGAGCACGAUGCGCCUUCUGCUGCUGUACAUGCCGUCGGUGCUUCGGCAGCUGCAAAGGAAGGUGGCUACUACCGUCGCAAGGAGCCGCUUCGCCGUGAUAGCUUGACGAGACGUGAAGCCGUGCUAAAGGGCAAGGAGGGUACUAGGCGCAGGCAGAGGUGGGAGAAUGAUCGCCUCCUUAACAACCCCUACGCCGUACCCCCGCUUCCAAAGGACUGGGAGGUUCAUCCCACCUAUACCCCUAAGAAUGUCCCCUACUACCUCGCCCCACUUUGGGAUGCAGGCCUCAAGCGCCAAUCCAACGAACGCAAGACGGCUGCUGUCGCGCAGAAAGCAGCUACCAAGACCGUAGCCAAUAAGCCCACGACUCCUGGUGUCGUGCCCAAGGAGCUACGCGAGAAGCUCAAGCGUUCACGCGGGGCAAAGGGCCUGCUCAUGGACCUUGAAAGCGAAGUACGCAAGUUUGUCGCAGACUGGGAAGAGAAAGAGCGCAAGGCAGAACAAGAAGGGUUGCCUGCUGAUCCAGACAGCGAGGACGAUGAGAUUGUCUUUGUUGGAAGGAAUGGACAGAUGAACGAUCUCCGCUCGCCUACCGAGGCUGAAGCUAUCAAGAGGGAGCUCAUGCUUUUCGAGACACCCGAGGAAGACGUAGGAGGCAGUUUUGGACGCUGGCUUGUCCAUCAUAUUGGUGUUUACUACGGCUUGAACACGUGGAGCGUCACCGUGGGGAACCCUGCGAGGCGCGAAGCAUAUAUUGGCUUGAAGGGAGCAAAGCUUCACUCUGGGAACGGCAGCAGUAACGUAUGCGGGCCUUUGCCUCGACCGCUGUACGGCUUGGUUUAA